AUGACCCACCGCUGCGACAACAACAGCUGCUGCCAGGAUUACGGCUUCAUCAGCUACAACAACAGCAACCACAUCAGCCUCAUCAACGACAAGCGACACGACGCAAGCAUCACAAUCGCAACCAUCAACAACUUCAACAGCAGCAUCAAAAACAUCCAUUGCUACAUCAACGGACGCGACAAAAGCAACCACAGCAGCUGCAACUACACCAGCCGCAGCAGUCGCAACAGCAAAGCCAUCACAAUCUACUCACGAACACUCGGAGAAAACACCACCGACGCCGUCUUCGAAAAUUUAGAAUUCACAAUUCACCGUCAUCAUCAUCAUCAUCAUCAUCAUCUUUAA